AUGCUCGCUAUCUACCCCUUGCUGAAACCGCCGACCUGGUGUAACUGGCGAUGGAAUGGAACGGGCUGGCAAGAGAAAGACGACAGGACCUCUGGGGAGGGAAAGAUCUCAUCAGCGGAGGCAAAGACACAGACUCCAACGCCAGCGACUUCUCUCCAAUCGGCACAGGAUGUCGGCCGUCCAGCUGCGCAAAUACCAUCUUGUUGGAUGUCUGACAUUCGCGAGCUGUCCACGUUUGUUACGCCCGCUGGUGAUUCCUGCACCGACGAAGAAAGGUUCACCGAUUGGGGAUCUUCAAACAGCAACGGAAAACCCGCAUCUGGCUCUGACAGUACUGACGGUACUGACGAUGACUCCAUUUCCGAAGAAGAAGAGUUCACCGCCCAAACGCCUAGAGAGAGUGAAACAAGGCCUAUUGUCAUAGUUGACUCUGAACAAAAGGUGCAAGAUAGGCAUCCUAUGCAGAAUCCAGAGUCGUUUCACUUCCUCGAAGACGUUGAGAUGGCGGACUGCGAAUGGGUGGAAAAUUUUGCGGAGGAGAAAAUGGACUGGGAGUGGUCAGAAGCUUCAGGAAAACAUCCGCUGAACAAGUCACCUCCGGAGCCAUCUCUCGAAAUCGAAUCUCGGUAUCACCCAACUUGGCUUCCCCAUAGGACUAUAAUCCCGCCUUCUGUAGGGAGGACGAAUGAACAGGAGGUUGAGGCUGUUGACUUCCUCCUCGACCUCUCACGAGACCAUCCACUACAGUGGGAGAUACUAGUGGGUAUGUAUUUCAGCGAGGGUAGACACCCGCAAGCGUACCUCGGACGUGAUGGAAAAUCCAAGGAAGUACUCAGGGGAGAAUAUUGGGAGUGGAGCUGGGCUCUACAGGAUAUUCGUGAACAGUGUCCACGUACGGCGCCCGCUCCGUACACGAUGCCCGCAGGGCAGGAAGGAAAAUUCCUAGAGUCUAUUACCGAAUCAAUCCUAGAUGGUAACGAGGACUUGUUCCUCCGGGCUAUCAAGAUAUGGCAAUUGGAAAGGAUGUCGUACGACAAAUGCGCCCUGGAAAACAUUAUGAAGCGGGCAGGCUGGUGCUAUGAUGUAUCAUCGACGCGGGAAUGGCAGCUUAUGGCAGAGCUAAAGAAAUUGCCUGCAGGGUCAGAUAAGGCCGAAAUUUUAGAGCAGGCAAUCCGGGAACUGCCCCGGUUCGCAUGGAGGUGUAUCCACGACCCGAACUGCAUUUGA